CAAACACCACCCACAAAACCACUCUCCUCGAAUCUCGCUCCAUCUGUGGUGUGCGGCACCAUUGUUGUCGCUGCAAUGAUUGCAGAAUUGCACUAAUCUUGCUUUGCUAGCUAUCUAGAGGCACCUUCCUCUACCGUCGUUUAGUAGACGGACUAUGACGACUACCAGCUUGAUUGGAAACAACGAGACGGCCGCGAGUCUUAUUGACCUCAUCAAGAAUGCCACGACCAUAGAAACGCUGUCCACUAACAGCACAAAUCCCAAUGACUCCGAAGUCUUGCGAGAUACAUUUGCAGUCUAUGGGUCAGCAAUGGUAGUAGCGUUUCUUACCUUUUGUUGGGCUAGGCUCAGGUAUCCAGAUGCCUAUAAUAUUCGCCAGACAGACUGCUAUUCGGUAGGGAAUGACGCCGAUGAGAACACUGCUCGUACUGAUAGAAGGAGCAAAAAUGAAGUGUCAACAACAACUGAUGAUGACGGUCCCAAGGACAUGCAGUGCCUGGCCAAAUCGCAACAUGGGUUCUUUUCCUGGACUUGGAAACUAUUUCAAAUCGAUGACAAGCAAUUUGUGGAGCAGAAUGGAUUGGAUGCGAUGUGUCUUGUUAGGAUCUGCAACAUGGGAUUCCGAUUGACCCUGACCGGAAUCUUUGUAUCCAUUUGGUUGAUGCCAGUCUACAGCACUGCCAGGGGUGGCACUUUGGAUGACACAAUGGUCGAAGAUAAGAUUCUGGAAAUCACGACGGGUCAUAUUCCCAAUGAUUCACCCCGCUUCAUUGCGACCACCGUGGCGACCUAUGUGGUAUUUGGUCAUGCCAUGUAUUUGAUUUUGAAAGAAAUGCAAUGGUUUACCAAUUUGAGGCACUCCUUUUUACAACAACAAAAGGCUAGGAAUUUUGCAGUGUACAUUCGAAACAUCCCAGAAGAAUGGCGCAGCAACAGGGGUAUCAAAGAUUUUUUUGAAAAGUCAUUGAGGGGGAUUCACGUCCAAGAAGCUUCCAUUUGUUUGGGAACCAGAAAUUUGAGGAGAAAGGUUGCUGAGCGUGACACUAUCAUUGAUAAAUUGGAACGUGCAGUGGCAGAGCAAGAAGUCAAUGGGGAACGACCUCAGCAUGUUGAAGACACGAUUCUUCCAGGUGUCAAUCUUCUGAUCAAUAACAACGACAAAGUGGACUCGAUUGACUUUUACACAAAACAACUCAAGACCAUGAAUGCUGAUAUUGCAGCGUGCAUUGAUGCUCUUCACGAGAGAGCAAAUGUUGAACCUGUAGAAGAUAAAUUCGAUUCUGAUGUGGCUGACGAAGCAUCUUGGGUCAGGGGAAGUGCCAUCACAGAGCAAGAACAGGAUUCCUUGCUAGAGCGUUUCAAAGACCAAACAAAAUGCGUUCAAGAGGCUGUCAUUGGACCACCCGUGCAAGAGGCAACUGAGCUUGUCACAAAAGCAGCGACAGAAGCUGUCAAGCUCGUUUUUCCCAACGAGGACGGGGAAAUCUUCAGCGCUGCUUUUGUAGUCUUUGGAAGUUUGUCGACAACCCACGCAUCCCUGCAAAUGGUCCAUCACGAGGAACCGUACACAUUUGAGGUAUUGGAGGCACCGGAUUCAGAAGACGUCUUCUGGGCAAAUGCGGGACGAGAACAUCAUGACCUUCAGCUUGGGCGCCUCAUGAGCUUUGGCUUAUCCAGUGUGAUUUGCUUGUUUUGGACUGUUCCCGUGUCAUUUGUGGCGAGUCUGUCCUCAGUCAAAGGACUGCGACAAGAAGUCGAGGCUGUUGACAACCUGCUGAAUGCAGUUCCAGCCCUGGAACCCUUGUUUGAGCUACUAGCUCCUCAGCUUCUUGUCGCCUUGAAUUCCCUCCUCCCAAUGCUCUUGACAUCCGUUACGAACUUUGAAGGAAACAUCUCUGGUUCAGUAAACCAGGCUUCCCUCUUCGUGAAGCUGGCAGCUUUCAUGAUCAUCCAAACAUUUUUUGUCAGCGCCAUUUCAGGUGGUGUGCUUGAUGCUCUCCAAAGUGUAGUUUCAACGCCAAAAAGCAUCAUUGACUUGCUCGCUACCACCCUUCCAGCACAAUCAACGUUCUUUGUACAGCUAUGUUUUGUCUCGACCGUUUCCGUAUUCGUGAUGGAGGGAUUUGGUAUUGUGAGAAUAGGCAUGGCAGUGGCAAGGCGACACAUUGGCUCACACCUCACCCCACGAGAGAGACGACGGAUCGUGAUGGGGCUGAGUCCAAUGUCGGAAGUGAAAGACUUUGAAUACGGGAGACAGAUGUCCAGCCUGGUGUUUCUCUACAUGGUGUAUCUGGUCUAUGUAGUAAUUGCUCCGCUGGUGAGCUUCGUGUGUGCCUUCUGCUUCCUCCUAUUGGAGGUACUCUUCCGACACCAGAUGAUCUACAUCUACAAAAGAACUCCUGACUCAGGGGGGAGGCUGUGGAUGAACUUCAUCAAGAUACUGACGACUUGUUUCCUCAUUGCGGAGCUCACAGUGUUUGGUCUACUAGCAUUGAAGGAUUCUGUGUUGUCUACAAUCAUUUUCCCGUUGGUCGUAGUAUCUGUGAUCUUCUCCAUAUAUCUCCGAGAGAACCAUUUCAAUGUGGCAGAACAUCUUCCAACUCGCCUGUGUCUCGAUCAAGAUUCCAAAAACAUUGACAUGGAUUUCGGAUUUGCAAGAGAGGCGUAUCUGCAGCCCGAGAUGAGAGAAAGAAACGCCCUGCCUGAGCUUUCUCGAGAAAAGUUGCAAGAGCUGGGUCUCGUUGAAAACGACUCUCCAAAAGCUUCUUUCAAAACUGCCGUGUUCCCCAACGGCAUGAUCUGUCGCGUAAAGAAGCUGGCGAUUCCGGAUGGGGUUUAUACUGAUGAUUGUCCUACGAUAUUCGAUGCAGAACGGUGCAGCUUGACAUCCGAUCAACACGACGCAUAACGUUGGAUGAAUGAAUGAAUGAUGAAUCGGGCCCGGUGACAUGAUUCCCAAUCCCAGGCAUUUCCAACAAAAGAAGGAUGAAGAGCGUUAUAGGACUCCACCAAGCCGCCUCAACCAAGAGGACCAAGGUCUUUGAAUCCGCUGUAAUAGCGAUAACGGCGGCACGUCUCGGCUGUUAAAGACCAACCACUUCCAUUUUAUUGUUUUGUUUAUGCGCGUGUGGAUGUGGGAAUGAUGCAGUGUUUCGUCCUGGCCUCAGUGAACCGUUUGGUAUUGUUGUGUUGGCAUCUCCAGCACUUUUGACCUUCCUCCCCCCCCCCCUCCAUCCGUUUUGUUGCUUGUGCAGUGUGUGGAGAAU